GUCAUAUCUGAGCUCAUUUGGACUAAACCCCGGGGACUUGAAUCUUUUUUUUAGACGCCCAAGUCAAAACGGCGGCGAAUGUUUGAUCCAAUAUGGCCGACUUCCUGUUUGUCAUAGAGACAUGCUCCAAUUCAUCUUUUGUCUUGUCACAUUGUUCUCUAUCACUGUCCCGAAUUUCGUUUCCCUGCGACAAACUUUGCCUGUCCCCACUCCCAUAGGGGUCCAAUUCUAGGCGGCGCUGUUGAGUCUUGUCACUCGGGUUAUUGUUGCGAUGCCCAUUUUAUCGAAUUUUUCGCCGGACCGAUCGAUCUGGUCCCCGGUUUGGGGACUUUUCGUCCAUGUUCAGGGGGUCAAAAAUGCGAUUCAAUGUGGUGAAAAAGAAUAAUAAGAAUUUUAAGAAACCGACGAAACAAUACCCCUCGCCUCUAACUUUUGUUAGUGGCGAGGGCCAAUAACCCCCCCGUUCAUGACAUAGGUUCAUAAAUGAUGUAGUUUCUUAUAUACAUUGAUCACGGAACUUUACAAAUAUUUACAUAUAGAAAAAUAAAUUUCAUUCUAUGGUCGCACAAACUAAUAUUAAUAAAGAAAGCACAGAAGUUUAUGGUUUAUAAUGGUAUCAAAGUAAGUAAAAGGAGAGUGAGAAAAAUUUAAAGAUUUGUUGUUGUGUUUGUUAUGUUUGUGUGACCUAUCAUUGGGCGAAAUACUUUGCUCAGAACCCAACUAAUAACAGCAUCACUAAAUUAUAUAUGUAUUUAUUAUAUGUAUGUUUAUAGCCGUGUUGAAUGAACUCAAGUCUGGACAUCCCUGCUGCUUUAAGGAUCAGCUGGGAAACAUCCUCCCCUAGUGGUCAUCUUUUGACUCUUAUGGGGGAAGAAAUAUGUGACAUAUUACAAACGUUACACAACUGAAAACAUAUUUCAAUGCGAUCAAUAAAUUAACAUCGUACAGUUACGGAAAUAAUACCAGUUUCCCACCGUGUCUGGAUUAUGUGCAUCUUUUUUCGUAGGAAAACGAGAAAAUGCAGAAACGUUGUACGUAAUCCAACAUAACGACUUCUGAUUGGCUCUAAACAUUGAGAUAUUUGCAUGUUGUCACCGAUUGGUCUAAAAUGGCGCGCCAAACGUCACGUGGUGUGUCUUUUCGCGCGAAAGUGUUCUCUGUUGUCAGGACCUGUCCGUGUGUCGGUGCGGAGUGGAGUAUUGGUGCCCUGUUAUCUCGUUUUCUGAACAUUUUAAAACUGCUUUCACGUUUUUUUCGACAUGGACGUAGCCACAGCCACCGCAGAAACAGCCGCAGAGCUCGUGAAGGACGAGUUGGCGGAGAAAUGUCAGAAGUUAUUCCAGUCUUUCCUUGAAGAGUACCAGAGCGUGGACGGAGAGGCGAAAUACGUCCGUGAGGCGGAGGAGCUGAUUCGGCCCGAGAGGAACACGCUGCUGGUGAGCUUCACAGAUCUGGAGGGCUUCAACCAAGAGCUGGCCACCACUAUUCAGGAGGAGUACUACAGGGUGUAUCCCUUCUUGUGCCGUGCUGUCCGAAAUGUCGCUCGGGAUCAUGGAAAUGUUCCAUUGACCAAGGAGUUUUAUGUUGCCAUUCAGGACCUACCAACCAGACACAAGAUCCGUGAACUGUCAUCUAUGCGUAUCGGAUCAUUGGUGAGAAUCAGUGGUCAGGUAGUCAGGACGCAUCCAGUGCACCCUGAACUGGUGAGUGGAACCUUCAUUUGCAUGGACUGCCAGGCUGUGAUCAAAGAUGUCCCACAGCAGUUUAAAUAUUCCCCUCCCACCAUCUGCAGAAACCCUGUCUGCAACAACCGUGCACGUUUUCACCUCGACACACACAAGUCCAAGUUUAUUGAUUUCCAGAAGGUUCGUAUUCAGGAGACCCAAGCAGAGCUGCCCCGUGGUUCAAUUCCACGCUCACUGGAAAUAGUUUUGAGGGCAGAGGCUGUAGAGACGGCUCAGGCUGGAGACCGUUGCGACUUCACUGGAACCUUGAUUGUUGUCCCAGACGUCUCACAGCUUGCCACUCAAGGGGUCCGUGCGGAGACAAGCACCCGAGUAGCUGGUGGACCACAGGGCUUUGAAGCAGAGGGUUUGAGGGGACUUAAGGCACUGGGAGUAAGAGAACUGUCCUAUAGACUGGCCUUCCUUGCCUGCAACGUGGCUCCCACUAACCCCCGCUUUGGAGGCAAAGAGCUGCGCGAAGAGGACCAGACAGCUGAAAGUAUUAAAAGUCAGAUGACAGAGAAAGAGUGGGAGAAGGUGUUUGAAAUGAGCCAAGACAAGAAUCUUUACCACAAUCUGUGUACCAGUCUAUUCCCCACUAUUCAUGGUAAUGAUGAGGUUAAACGUGGUGUCCUGCUCAUGCUCUUUGGAGGUGUUCCUAAAACAACUAUGGAGGGCACUUCACUCCGAGGAGACAUCAAUGUCUGCAUUGUUGGGGACCCAAGUACUGCAAAGAGCCAGUUCCUCAAACAUGUGGAGGAGUUCAGCCCCAGAGCAGUGUACACCAGUGGUAAAGCCAGCAGUGCAGCUGGUCUGACCGCUGCUGUGGUUAGAGAUGAAGAGUCUCAUGAGUUUGUGAUCGAGGCUGGAGCCCUCAUGCUUGCAGACAAUGGUGUUUGCUGCAUUGAUGAGUUCGACAAAAUGGACCUAAAGGAUCAGGUGGCCAUCCAUGAAGCCAUGGAACAGCAGACCAUCAGCAUCACUAAAGCUGGAGUCAAGGCCACUCUGAAUGCUCGCACAUCUAUUUUGGCUGCUGCAAACCCAGUCAGUGGACGUUACGACCGCAGCAAGAGUCUGAAGCAGAAUGUCAAUCUGACGGCUCCCAUCAUGAGCCGCUUUGACCUGUUCUUCAUCCUGGUGGAUGACUGUAAUGAGGUGACUGACUAUGCCAUUGCGCGACGCAUUGUGGACUUGCACUCUCGUGUAGAGGAGUCUGUGGACAGACUGUAUUCUCUAGAUGAAAUCCGCAGAUAUCUACUCUUUGCCCGUCAGUUCAAACCAAAGAUCUCCACUGAGUCUGAAGAGUUCAUUGUUGAGCAGUACAAACGUCUGCGCCAACGGGAUGGCUCUGGGGGCGUGUCCAAAUCAGCCUGGAGGAUCACUGUACGCCAACUGGAGAGUAUGAUCCGCCUGUCUGAGUCUAUGGCCCGCAUGCACUGCUGUGAUGAGGUUCAGCCCAAACAUGUAAAAGAAGCUUUUCGUCUCCUGAACAAGUCCAUUAUUCGAGUUGAAACGCCUGAUAUAAAUCUGGAGCAUGAAGAACAGAUGGAGGAAGAGGAGCAGCAUGAAGAAGCAAACGUGGCAAAUGGUGGGGAUGGAGUAAACGGGUUGAACGACAUCAAUGGCCAUGAUGCAGUGAAUGGACACAUCAACGGGGUCAAUGGACACGUGAAUGGAGUGAACGGCCACUCUGACAGCCAGCUCAAACCCUCCCUCCGUCUGUCCUUUACUGAGUACAGACGCAUCUCCAACCUCCUAGUUCUGCAUCUGCGCAAAGCCGAAGAAGUUGAGCAAGAGGAGGAGCUGAAGAAGAGUGCUGUGGUGAACUGGUAUUUGAAGGAGAUUGAAGCAGAUAUUGAGUCUGAGGAGGAUCUGAUAAAUAAGAAGGCACUUGUAGAGAAGGUCAUUCACCGACUUGUUCACUAUGAUCACAUCCUUAUUGAGCUUUCACAGUCUGGACUGAAGGGGUCAGAAUCUGCAAUCACAGAAGAGGAGGCAGUGUUGGUUGUAAAUCCCAAUUACAUCCUUGAAGAUUAAACUGAACAUUGUCCAAUGUAUGUCUUCAUUGGUUUCAAAUACUCAUAUGUAAUACAUAGCUGUAGCAUCAAAGAUGUUUGAACUUUGAUAAAAAUCCUUGACUGCCACAAAUAUUCUGGAAAUCUUGUUUUUGAGAGGGGUCAGACUUGUAAAUAUGUUACUUUUUCUAAACUGUAAUGCCUAAUUUUGUAUAGGCCUUUUGAGGCAUUUAAGCUCUUGUUUCGUGUGCUCCUUUGUAACAUUAUGGCAAGAAGCACUGUAUUUGAUGAAAUAAAAUAUUCCUCCCA